CCCGAGGCUGAAAGUGAAACUACAAACAGACACAACGAGCAGCAGAAGGGUGAGGGGAAAACUCUUAAAUAUGGCGUUCAUCACAGACGUCUCUCUCCUUAUCGAUGGCAGCACUUUCAAAGAUCCUAACUGCUUAAAGAAGUUUCUCCAGCCAUACACACCAGAGAGGAAAGAUUGCUGCUUCAAAGUGACAGGAACCUUUGAAGAGAUUGAGAACCUCGUAGUCAGACUGUCAGCAGUGAGCGAUCUUCAGAGUCCUGUUCCACACAGACUGACCAAUAAGCAGGAUGAGAACCCAUCAGCUCCGCUCAGAUCUGUAGAUGUGUCCCAAUCAGUCAUGGACUACAUAGAGAAUCAGUGUGCAAAACAUUUGAAGAGAAUCACAGGGAAUCGUUUCAUUCUGGAGAUGCAGCCUGGUGAGUCCCGUGGCUCUGUGAGAGUCACGUUCAGGCCCCGUCACGCCUCUGUCCUUCCGGUUCACGCCGACUUCAUCAGACAGAGAUUCAUCAGCUUCUACCAGAGGAUGGCGUCCGACCUGCACACCAUCUCAGUGAGAGCUCAUUACGUCAGAGAGCUACAGGUGAGAUUCCCAGAGCUUCUGUUCUCACUUCGCCAUGGCACAAAGGAGGUGAUGGUGACUGGGCAUUUUGUACGCAUCGCUCUUCUUGAAGAGCUCCUUUUCAAAAAUACCACCAGAUCAGGACGGAGUCCAGAGGGCAAACUUCCAUCCAAAAACCAACGCCCAUCAGAGUCCCGACCUUCACUAGAGUACCAACAUUCAUCAGAGUACCAACAUCCAUCACAGACACAACGUCUAAUGAAGAACCAACAUCCAAUGGACAAGAGUCAUCUACUAGGAAUGGCGAGCAGCAGAACCUCGGCUCCCUUUCCUGGGCUCAGCAGGGAACCUGCAGAAGGCGACGUUUGUCCGAUCUGUAUGGAGUCAAUAAAAAGUCGAGAGAAAGAGACUCUGAAGUGCAAACACUCAUUCUGCAGAGAAUGUCUGAAAACAGCCUUCGUCUAUAAGCCUGUGUGUCCCACAUGUGGAGCGGUGUAUGGCCUUCUCACAGGAACUCAACCAGAUGGAGGCACCAUGGACGUCACCACAGAGCCGUCAUCUCUGCCUGGGUAUGAGAGGGAUGGAACUAUUAUCAUCAGCUACUACAUCCCCAGUGGAAUACAAGCGGAGGAGCACCCAAACCCUGGGCAGCCGUAUGAAGGGGCGUCUCGUACCGCGUACCUCCCGGACAACACUGAGGGCCGACAAAUCCUGAAGCUCCUGCAGAGAGCUUUUGAUCAGAGACUGGUCUUCACUGUGGGUCGAUCCACGACCAGCGGCAGGAGCAACAUGGUCACGUGGAACGACAUUCAUCACAAAACGUCCAGACACGGAGGACCAACGCAGUACGGCUAUCCUGAUCCACAGUAUCUGAGCCGAGUCCGAGAUGAGCUGAAGGUCAAAGGGAUCGAGUGAGCGGUGGCGAGCUCUGGAGACAUGAGUGGAUGGAUCUCCGAUGUACAACAACAAUGAGAUGGAUUUAAACCAGGAGGGACAACAGAUCCUGGUUUGAUGUUAUUCUAAGAGAAAGACUGAGCUCUCUACAGCUAAAAAUCUUCUGUUUUUGUUCUAAAUCUGUUAGUUUUGAAAUUCAAUUGUGGCCGAAGAGAAUCGUUUUCUCCUUAUUGGUCUGGCAAAUGUUUAACUUGGGACAUAAUGGGGACUAUUUCACCAACAUUUCAGUAUGUCUGUCCAUCAUUAAAUGCUUUUGUUUUACCUUUAAAUAUCAUCACUAAGACAUGCUGAACAUGCUGGUUUGUGUUGUUUUGACAUUUAUACUCUAAUACGCCCUUUUGUGAUAAACUGAUUUGACAUAAAGAACAGGUUUGUGAGUCCAUUUUUGUGCCGUGAUCUAGCGUCAGACAUGGCGUUGCAUCGCUGUCGGCCCUGAGCAUGUCACAAAUCGCUAUGAUGAUCAGGAUUUCAAUCAGGAAAGACUUAAUACAAGUUUGGCAAUGUUUGAAAUUGUGAAAUACCUUAGACACUCCAUUGUGAUGUCUUCGUGAACCUGAAGGGGUAGUGAGGCUAGUGAGGCUGACAGCAGGACAGGAAGUGAAGUCUGGUCACUGGGGAUAGAAGGAGUAGGAUAAAAAGAGUGAGAGACUUCUGAGGAGCUUGACCCAGGCACUGAUGAGAUAAGUGGAGGUGGCUGGGGAGGAGGAGAGUUGUAGCGGUCACACUGAAACAACAGACUGGAGGAAAGAGACCAGAUUUUAAAAUAUGACAGCUGCAGAACGAUUGGAUAGAAAGAGGUCAUGGCAGAAAGGGAUUGGCCUAGAGCUUAAGUUAGUAGACGCCCAUACCAGCCGGGAGACAGGUGAGUGAUGAUUAAUGAUUGAAAGGAUGAAUGGAAAUGAAACAGUCGUCCUGCUUGAACUUACGCUAAGCUUUGUUAGUCUCACCCACAAGGCAUCAUGGGGGUAGAAACAAGGUGGAUUGGAAGUAUUUAUUUAAUUCAAUUUUCUCAAAACAAUAUCCAAGACAUUCUCUAAAAGCUCAGACAGAUAUCUGUCUGCUAUCAUAUUUAGUUUCUAUCAGCGUGGCAGAAGUCACUUCAAACAUUGUUGAAGCACAUCACGCCAGAAAUGUCCAGUAUCUAGUAAUCCUGGACUGAGCAUGUGAGGUCAGAAAGGUCCAGCUCCCUAAAAUCAUGGUUAUGUAUGCGCGCAGUACUUGGUCCUACUACGUCGAAGAUUCUUCUUUAAAAUGUUUAGUAACUCCUUAAAGACAGUCAUUUCAUGUACAUGUCUUGCCCGAUUAACCUUGCAAACUUGAUGGAUUGUCCAAAUUCCAUUCAAGUCAUCUAGCACAGUUGUUCUCAGCCCGCAACCCCCAAAUAAAGGUGCCAGAGGCCACCUGAAGGUGGUUUACCAGCCAUGCACAUUCAAGAAUAGUCACCUGCAGACAAGGCCGUCCACAUGGGGAUGGGGGGGCGUUCUGGGAUCCAGCCACACUGGGGGCCCAUGGAGGUCAGCAAAACCACCACUCUAAUCAAAGCAACAAAUAUCUCUAGCUUUUCAUUUGUGUAGAAAAUAGCCUUCUUCAAAUGAAUUUCUUAAUUGCUUAAAUUAGUUAAUAAUGGCAAAAAAUGAUGGAAAGGAUGAUGAAAUUGGAUUUUUAAAGAACAGAAAAUGGGUUAAAAGUGGCAAAAAUUACUUUUUAAAGAUGGUGUAUUCAUUUCUGCUGCUCAGCUUGAGAGGUAGUAUGGAAUCCCUGCAAAGACUAAUGACUUCAGAUACUUCAGGUUCAAGAUUUUGUAAAAAAGACUCUCCUCAUCCCUCGAGUUACCACAAAGUGGGUGGAUAGAUGGAUUAUUGAACAUGAAUCCAACUCUUAAAGGAAUGGUUUCCAUGAUCUAUGAGAGUAUCCAGAGGGUGGCAUCUCCAUCUCUUGAUAACAUAAAAAGGAAAUGGGAGGAAGGGUUAGAGUUGGACAUACUGGAUGUUGACUGGAGAUGGGCAGUUCUUCUUCUAUAUGUGUUAGACACGGAUUGAUACAGUUUAAAGUGUUGCACAGAUUUGACUUAUCAAGGGACAAACUGGCAGGAAUUUAUCAGCGGGUUGAUCCGACUUGCCCUAGAUGUAGACAGGUAUGUCACAUGUUCUGGUCUUGUCCCAGGUUGAAAGAGUUCUGGGCCAAAAUAUUUAGAACUUUUUCCUCCAUUUAUAACAAAGCUAUAGAGCCCAGCCCUCAGCCAUUUUUUGUGUGGCACCAGGGGAAGCACAACUAACAGUCACUCAAAGGAAAGCCAUAGCAUUCUCCUCAUUGUUGGCCAGGAGAUUGAUCUUACUGAACUGAAUAAAGGCAACACCGCCAUCUCAUAAACGAUGGCUAGAGGAGGUGAUGGCACUCCUUAAAUUAGAGCAUCUUAGAUUUACUUUGCAGUGCAACACUAAGAGAUAUUCUAAGGUCUGGCAGCCUUUUAGUUCUAAUUUUGAACAUGAGUUUUCAUCUACUCCAACAUAAUUGGCAGCUUCG